AUGCUUUUCCCAUUAGUUGGGCUCCUCCUUUCUUCUUUCGCUCUCUGGGGCACAUGGAUCCACGUGCCUGGAAUCAUGGAGACCUCAGAGGGGUUCGUGGGGACACUGUCCCACGCCAUGCAGACGACGAACCUGGCGAAGGGUGUCCACGAGCUGGUGGAGGCCUUUUCCACAUACACUCUCCCUUGGCACGAGGAAGCAGUGUAUGUCCCGGCCGUCGUUCAAAGCGGUUGCGAGGACCGCGUGGAUUAUCCGACCCGCACAGAACCGACGAUACUCAGCGAGGAUGACCCGCUGUGGGAGGAGGCCGAAGAGUCGUCUCCGGAUGGCCCUUCGGCAUUUUUGUCGCCCGAAUCGCUCUGUGUCGCCUUAAUCGUUGCCUGGGGGCCCGUGGCCUUCAUCCAGUUCCUCUGGGGGGGCUUUGCCCGCUCUGAUGCUUCCACACUGGAAGGACCGUUCGAGGCGCCGUUGGAAGGGUUGUUUUUGCAGGACGUACCCAAGGCAGCCUACUGCCUUGUGGCCAAUGGAGCUCCAUCGCUGUAUGAAGUGAUGGAUGCCCUGGUCAACAGGAAGAACAGCCCGUCAGACAAAAACAACCACUCCUGUUCCUCCGAGGCCAUCGACGUUCCUUCCGCCGGUUCUGAGCUGAUCGCGGUCUUGUGGCGAGCGCAACAGGUUUCUUCGAGUAACGUGACUCUUCUGCGUGCAGUGGGAGACGCCCUUACUCGCCUGGAGCGCCGGCAAGUUCUCGCGUUCGACUCUCACGAGCUAGACUCUCGCAUCAUCCAAGAGGCCGAAGACACGGACCACCCCAAUGGCGGGGUGGACAACCUCACGACUCCGGCCCCGGACGCGGCCGACGUAACCGACUGCGCUGUACCGCGUCUCUCUCGGCAGUAUGCACUCGUGGUGCGUCGCCCGGAGAACCUGGACCCGUUCCUAGUCCUUCGGUGUGCGUUCGCGCUGCUUGAAAGCUGGCAGAGACAGACGGUGGGACACGAAGCCGGAGCAGACGCCGCGUCCACCCCGGCUCAAGGUGGUGGUACAGGCAGCGGACCGAAGCGACGGAAUCGACCAAGCCAAGCCAAACGAAGGCGCCGUGCAAAGAUGGCCCUGGUGGACAGAUAG